AUUCUUGAGAGAUGGACCACCUUACGUUAGCCCUAGCAGUUUUGCACAUAGACGUCCUGUUCCAGCUUUGGCAGAAAUUUAGUAGGUAGGGAUGAAGUUUUCCCCAACUCCUCUCUCCAAAUCCCUGCUGGACAUGGAUGUGGCUAAUUACUGUGAGGGCCUGGACCCUACCUACAGCACACUAGGCUUUGAGAAUGCUGACAUGCUUUAUAGUGGGGAAAGUAUGCCAACGGAGCCCAGCAUCAUCCAGGGGGAUAAUGGGGUGAGCUCCAACUGCGCUAUCUGCGGGGACAAGGCCACAGGCAAGCACUAUGGAGCCUCCAGCUGUGAUGGCUGCAAAGGCUUUUUCCGCAGGAGCAUAAGGAAGAGCCAUGUCUACUCAUGCAGGUUCAAUCGUCAGUGUGUGGUCGACAAAGACAAGAGGAAUCAGUGCCGCUUUUGUAGGCUUCACAAAUGCUUCCGAGCUGGAAUGAAGAAAGAAGCUGUGCAAAAUGAACGGGAUCGCAUCAGCUCCAGGAGAAGCAUGCAAGACUCACAUGAGCUUCCCCCUAUCACUGUACUGGCACAGGCAGAGUCACUGUCACAACAGAUCAGUGUUGCCAGCCCGGCGGGCCCCGCUGACAUCUCAAAGAAGAAAUCAGCCACCAUUGGGGACGUGUGUGAGUCUAUGAAGCAACAGCUGCUUGUUCUGGUAGAGUGGGCUAAAUACAUCCCGGCCUUCAGCGAAUUGCCUCUUGACGACCAGGUCAGUUUAUUAAGAGCGCACGCAGGGGAACAUCUUCUGCUCGGAGUGGCCAAGAGGUCAAUGCCAUACAAAGACAUUUUGCUUCUCGGUAAUGGCUGUGUUAUUCACCGAAACUGCCCCGAAGCAGAGAUCAGCCGAGUGGCUAACCGUGUCCUCGACGAAUUGGUCGCACCCUUUCAAGACAUCCAAAUCGAUGACAACGAAUACGCAGCACUGAAAGCCAUUGUUUUCUUUGACCCUGAUGCCAAAAGCCUCAGAGACCCCUCCAAGAUAAAAAGUAUGCGGUACCAGGUCCAGAUGAGUCUGGAGGACUACAUUAAUGACCGCCAAUAUGACUCUCGUGGGCGCUUUGGUGAGUUGCUGCUGCUGCUGCCCACCUUGCAGAGCAUCACCUGGCAGAUGAUUGAACAACUGCAGUUCAUCAAACUCUUUGGCCUGGCCAAGCUCGACAACCUGCUGCAAGAGAUGCUGCUGGGAGGUCUAACUACAGAACAACCUCACUUGCAUCACCACAGUCAUCCCCAGUUGGCCCAGGAUCCAAUCACAGGGCAGACAGUGGUCAUCAGCUCCCUUUCAGGCCCUGUGCAUUCACAACAAAUAGCUUCUCCAGACACCCCAAUCCCAUCUCCUCCUCAGGUUCAGACUCAAGAAAUCUACAAGUCCUCCUCUAGUCCCACAAUCUUAAUGGCAGCACAGCCCAUUUCCAGCAGACCCUCACCUGAAACUCCUCUCUGAGGCCUCUGAGGCUUUUGCAUCCCCCCACAGGGGCCACCUAAACACAGCUGCAGCCCACUGUGUUUGUAAAUGUGUAAAUGGCAUGAAAUUAAAAAAUGUACCCAAUUAAUUAGUAUAUUAUUUAGAACUUUCCAGACCUUAGUGGUUAUAUGAUGUAGUUGAUAUCAGAGAGAAAAAAACAUACUUUAUCUUAUCAGACUUGGGUCAAAUAUGAAUUUCACAUAUUUGAUGAUGUCUCAAAAGACAUUAUAUUGAUGAAUUCAAAACACAUUCAUUUGUACCAUUUAAUUAGCAUGUGCAGUCGCAGUGCAUUUGAAUUGAUAACCAACAGGAAAACUCUCAGUUCUUGUAAAUGUGCUGUGCUACAUUUAUUGCUGCAAAGUGCAGCCAAGACUUGGGUGGCAGCGUGAAGCAGUAUUGUGUACCUCUAGGUUUUGGGAAGGCUUUUGCUGUACUUCUCUUCACCAACCUAAAAGGUGGCCAAAGGUGUGGCCCUAUGGGUAUAGAUAAGAUACAACAGCAACAUUGGUCAUGAGAUCUUAAGCUGUCCAGUGGAUGAGAGGGAAUUGGCAAAUGUAUAGGUGACAAAAAUGUACCUGUAAUCAGGUUUUGAGUUGAGUCACAGAAGGGUUUCCACUGUUUCAUGUUGUGUUAGUAGGCCCUAUAGCCUUCAAGUUUCAGUGAAAGUAUUUUAAGCCAGUAUCUUUGAAAAUACAAUAAAUCACACUAAAUAUAAUUAUCUGUGUUUGACCCAACUCUGAUCAUCACAGAAACAGAUAUUGCUUUAAGACUUCCAUUUCACUCCUGCUGUCCCAUAUAGAAAAUAAAUGUAGCCUGUGUAAAGGCUGUGCAUCAAAUACAUUUGAACAUGUAUGAAAAUGGCCAAAUAUUAUUUAGUGAACUUUCUGUAUGGCAUACAUUUUGGUAUGAAACUAUGUAUUUUAAAUGUAUGUCAUAUAAAGUAUUUUUUUCCUGUAUGGGAUGGAAAUUGGGUGGGAAGUCCUGAAAUCCUGAAAAAACAAAAAUACAGUCUACUUUUGAUGUGUAAAUACAGCAUUAAAGGCCAACAGACAUUUUAAUUUGUACUGAACUGAUUUUGUAACCUACAAUGGGAUGAUUGUGUGUUCCAAAUUAUAUUUAAAUAAACUGUUAAUUUAAA